GUAGUCGACUUUGGGAACAUCCCAUUCACACUUCUCAGGCUUCAGGAACAGAUCAUUGUCCUGAAGGCGGCGCAGAACCUCGCGCGUGACCUUUUCAUGCUCCUCCUUAUUGGUGGAGAAGAUGAGUAUAUCAUCAUGGAAGAUCUCGUUCAUCAUGGCCUGGAAGGUCGCAGGGGAGUUGGUGAGGCCGAAGAACAUCACCAGGGGUUCGUACAGCCCCCGGUUAGUUACGAAGGUGGCCUUCCAUUCGUCACCGGCUUUGAUCCGGACAUUGUUAUAGCCCCACCUGACAUCAAACUUCGUAAAGAGCGUGGCACCGUGGAGCUUAUCCACCAUCUCGGCGAUCAGCGGCAAGGGGUAGCGAUUUUUGACGGUGAUCGCGUUUAA